AAACCUCGACCUUGAAGAUGGUGAGUAGCCAGCCAAAGUACGAUCUAAUACGGGAGGUAGGCCGAGGUAGUUACGGUGUUGUGUAUGAAGCCGUCAUCAGAAAGACUUCUGCACGGGUUGCAGUGAAGAAAAUUCGAUGCCACGCACCUGAAAAUGUUGAACUAGCCCUUCGUGAGUUCUGGGCACUAAGCAGUAUCAAGAGCCAACAUCCAAAUGUGAUUCACUUGGAGGAAUGCAUCCUACAAAAAGAUGGGAUGGUGCAAAAGAUGUCCCAUGGCUCUAAUUCUUCCCUUUACUUACAGCUUGUAGAGACUUCAUUAAAAGGAGAAAUUGCCUUUGAUCCCAGAAGCGCCUAUUAUUUGUGGUUUGUGAUGGAUUUUUGUGACGGAGGCGAUAUGAAUGAAUAUCUGCUGUCCAGAAAACCCAAUCGUAAAACUAACACCAGCUUCAUGCUUCAGCUGAGCAGUGCCCUGGCUUUCUUGCAUAAAAACCAGAUCAUCCACCGAGAUCUGAAGCCUGAUAACAUCCUGAUUUCUCAAAGCAGGUUGGAUACAAGUGAUUUGGAACCCACAUUGAAAGUGGCUGAUUUUGGUCUAAGUAAAGUUUGCUCAGCCUCUGGGCAAAACCCAGAAGAACCGGUCAGUGUAAACAAGUGUUUCCUUUCCACCGCCUGUGGAACCGAUUUCUACAUGGCUCCUGAAGUGUGGGAAGGACACUAUACAGCAAAAGCAGACAUCUUUGCUCUGGGGAUCAUCAUCUGGGCCAUGCUGGAAAGGAUCACAUUCAUAGACACAGAAACAAAGAAGGAACUCUUGGGGAGUUAUGUAAAACAAGGAACUGAGAUUGUGCCUGUUGGGGAGGCACUUCUGGAAAAUCCCAAAAUGGAACUUCUCAUUCCUGUGAAAAAAAAGUCUAUGAAUGGGCGAAUGAAACAAUUGAUUAAGGAAAUGCUCGCUGCAAACCCUCAGGAUCGCCCAGAUGCUUUUGAAUUAGAACUCAGAUUAGUACAAAUUGCAUUUAAAGAUAGUAGCUGGGAAACGUGACAUAUUAUUUGCAAAUAUCUUGGAUGACAUGCUGCUUCUGAUUUAACAGUGAUGCAACGUCAUGUGGCUGAAAAAGAAUACAAAAAGCUAACCCCACGUUCUAAGGGUUUAGAUUUUAUUGUGGGCUGUUUUCUUUUUCUUUAUUUUUCUGAAUUUAAGCCAGCCAUUUCGUUAGUAUGUUUUAAAUGUGUAUUACCAAUGUAGGUGUAAAAUUUUUUUUUCAAUGACCAUUGGUAGUAGUUUGGCAGGAAAAGAGCCAAGAAAAGAGUCCAGUUUUCUGAAAAUGUCUCUUAAGUAUUUUAGACAUUCCUUGUCAGUAUUAGGCAUUUCCAUGGAAGAAGAGGUUUGCGUGCUGGUAAUGCAACCUUUGAAGCUUUGUAAAGGAAACAUAUAUGUAUAUAUUUAUGUAUAUGUAAGUAUGUGAAUGUGUGCAUUUUGCAUUCCAGAUGAAGAAAAUGCCACUUCUGUUUAAAUUAUUUGUUACAGGUUUGAGUUUUUGAGAUUUGCUGAUGAAAUCAGUGAUGAAAAAUAAAUAAACCUCCCCUCAUCUCCCUUCCUGUCCCCUCUAAUGAAAAAUACUAA